AUGGCUGCACUCACUAUGUCUCCUGCCUCUGUACGACAACCUUUCGCUCCUCUGGAUGCCCCUCGAAUGCGGUCCAUCCUCCGCUCCAAAAUGAACGUCCUCAACAAGCAAAAUGGCAAUAUGUUCUUAGGCAAGAAGCAACCUCUCGCUGAAUUCGAUUCGGAAAAUAUCGACCCAACGGCACCGAAACCCACGCUGAAGUCUACGAAACGUAAGCGCGCGGCCGACGAUGAGGACGACCUUGCACCGACCAAGAGCCCAAUGAAGCCGACAAAGUCCUCUUCCCUGGGGUUCACAAUCUUCGAGGACUCGGUUGCACCAUCAACACCUAAAAAGACCACGCAGUUGACACCCAAAUCCGCACCCCUCAAACCAGCCGGCCGGUCGCCCCAAUUGAAAGCUACCAAGCCGUUUUCCCGCCGUGCAACGAUCUCCAAGAGCCGUCCAGAGUCUGCCCGCAAGGGCAUCGGCCGUCCCUUCUCACUUGCGGCUGUUUUGUCUACCGGCAAGCCCAAGCAAAAGAGCCAGCCAGCUCCUGCCCCGAAGAUGCCUGCAUCUUGGUCGUUCGAGAUCUACGUCGACUCUGAGCAGGAAGAAAUGACCAACCUCAUGCAGCAUUCGACCUGUGUUCUAGACAUUUCUGACGACGAGGGGAAGGACGAAAGUCAGUCAGAUCACCGCGGAAAGGAGAAUAUCCCGCCCGCUGACCUGGGAAUCUCUCUCCCUCGCUCCCAACAGGAGUCCCCUGCGGUAGCGGUGCCUAAAUCUGACACGGUGGAUGAGCCUCGCUCUCCAUUAGGCGAGCUCAAUGCCGCUGACUUUUAUGGUGAGGACUGCCAUGCCUUUUCGUACGCUGUUGUGUAUGACGAUGAUGAGGAUGAGGAGGCGCCUGUCGACAAAAAGAACGCUAGUCGGAGUAGGCUCUCGAGUAUGUCGUCGAUUGAGUCUGUGCUUGAGGCUAGUCCAGUGAAGGCGGUUGAGGAAACUAUCGGCGACUCAACCUAG